CGCAUCUUCUCUUCUUCUGCUUCUCUCUCGCUCUCCCGCUCUCCCGCUCUUUCAUUCUCAUCGAUAAGCGGAGAUGCCAUCGUUCCCCAAUACCCACUCUCCCUCCUCCCAGAACCAACAAUCAGGUGGGAAGUCCCAGCAGCAGCAGCAGCAGCAGCAGCAGCAGCAAUUGCUUGCAAAGAAGCGGUGGAUAGCCCAGCAGAGGAAAUCGCUCCCCAUUGCUUCAGUUGAGCGGAGGAUUGUUGAUGAAGUGAGGAAAAAUGAUAUCUUGAUUGUUGUUGGUGAAACCGGAAGUGGAAAGACCACCCAGUUGCCCCAAUUUUUGUUUAAUGCUGGAUUUUGCCAGAAUGGUAAAGCCAUUGGUGUCACUCAGCCUCGUAGGGUUGCAGCUAUUACUGUUGCGAAGCGUGUGGCUGAAGAGUGUAAUGUGGAGUUAGGCCAGAAGGUUGGUUAUGCUAUUAGAUUUGAUGAUGUUACUUCCAGUUCAACGAGGAUUAAGUACAUGACGGAUGGCUUGCUUUUGAGAGAAGCACUUCUGGAUCCACUUUUGUCCAGAUAUGGAGUCAUUAUUGUUGAUGAAGCUCAUGAAAGAACAGUUCACACUGAUGUCUUGCUUGGCAUACUGAAAAAAGUGCAAAAGGCACGCUCACAAUCUAUUUCUAAAGAACCCAUCAAGAAUGCAAAUAUUGACAUUGACAUGUUAAACGAGGUCAAUCAUCAAAGACUAAACACUCUUUUAAGUCCUAAGGCAUGUCAGAAUACAAAGUUUCUGCCUUUAAAGUUGAUAAUAAUGUCUGCGAGCUUGGAUGCUAAAGGCUUCUCAGAGUAUUUUGGCGGUGCGAAAGCCGUGUAUGUUCAGGGACGGCAGUAUCCUGUUGAUAUCCUUUAUACAUAUCAGCCGGAACAAGAUUAUCUGGAUGCUACCCUCAUAACCAUUUUUCAGAUCCAUUUGGAAGAGGGCCCGGGAGACAUCCUUGCAUUUUUAACAGGACAAGAAGAGAUUGAAUCAAUAGAGAAACUUAUUCAUGGGCGUCUUGAUAAAUUGCCUGAUGACAAAAGAAAAGUCAUGACAGUUCCUAUUUACUCAUCUCUUCCCUCAGAGCAGCAAAUGAACGCCUUCAAGCCGGCCCCAUCUGGUUUCCGCAAGGUUAUAUUAGCUACAAACAUUGCUGAGACAUCAGUAACAAUCCCUGGAAUCAGAUAUGUUGUUGAUCCUGGAUUGGUCAAGGCCCGUUCAUACAAUCCAGUUACAGGAAUGGAGUCAUUGAUCAUCAUCCCAACUUCAAAAGCACAGGCUCAACAAAGGAGUGGUCGUGCUGGACGUGAGGGACCUGGAAAAUGCUUUAGAUUAUAUCCGGAAUCUGAGUUUGGCAUGCUAAGUGAUUCAACCAUUCCUGAGAUAAAGAGGUGCAACCUUGCAAAUGUUGUAUUACAGCUAAAGGCCCUUGGCAUUGAUGACAUUAUUGGGUUUGAUUUCAUGGAGAAACCAUCAAGGAUGACUAUUGUGAAAUCUUUGGAGCAAUUAUUCCUUUUAGGGGCGUUGACAGAUGACUACAAACUGUCAGAUCCAAUUGGGCAUCAAAUGGCUAGGCUACCAUUGGAUCCUAUUUACUCCAAAGCCCUCAUCUUGGCCAAUGAGUUCAAAUGUUUGGAAGAGAUGUUAAUUGUGGUCUCUAUGCUUUCAGUAGAAUCUAUUUUCUAUUUCCCUCGUGAAAAGAUGGAAGAGGCAAGAGCUGCAAGGAAGAGCUUUUCCAGUCCAGACGGGGAUCAUGUAACCCUAGUGAAUGUUUAUCGAGCGUCUGCAGAAUGUCUGGAUAAGAGCAAGAUGGUUACCAGCAAAGAUAAAACAAUUGAGAAAAACUUGAAGAAAUGGUGCAUUGAAAAUUUUAUCAACAGCCGAUCCCUUAGGCAUGCUCGAGAUAUUCACAGUCAAAUUCAAGGGCAUGUUCAACACAUGGGUCUGUCGGUCACAUCUUGCGGCGACGAUAUGCUUCAGUUCCGGAGAUGUCUCACUGCUGCUUUCUUUCUCAAUGCUGCUAUGAAGCAACCAGAUGGAACGUACAGGGCAUUGGCGAGCGGGCAGACUGUGCAGAUCCAUCCAUCGUCGAUGUUGUUCCGAUCGAAACCAGAGUGUAUCGUAUUCAACGAGCUGGUUAGAACUAAUCACAACUAUGUCAGGAACCUCACAAGAAUUGAUCCACUUUGGUUGCCUGAACUGGCUCCUCAAUAUUAUGCUUCUUCAUAGUGAUCUAUUGCACCAUUCUUUUUCUAUGUUGUAAUGUAGCUUAAAUGCUAUUUCUAUAUUUUGUUCUUCAUUAAAAUUUCAUUUAUCUUGUAUUAUUCCAAAAUUUUGAGAACACUUCAUGAUUUUGUAA